GGAGAGCCAUUUUUAGCCUCCCACCCACAACAGGAUUUGACAUUAUCUCUAAAUGGGAAUACACAGUCUCAGGGUUGAACACGGCGGUUUUUACAGCCCUCCUUUGUGUCACGUCUUGCAUUUAGGUAUUCUGGGAACCUAAAAACUGGAAACCUCCAGAGUGGGUCAGAACCCUCUGCAGUGCCCCCUCCCCCUCGUGUUUUGCUUCUCUGAGCCUGGACCUCUACAGUAAGGCAGCAAGAAAGGACAUGCCCGCUUUUCAACGGGAUAACCACGAAGAUGAAGACAGGCGGAGACCGUUUGUCUGCUCAUAAACGCUAGAAGGGAAUCCUUUCCAGAUAUCAAAGCCAGAGGGCCCUGUGGCUGCCACAGAGAUUGUAGGGCCUGGAAGCCUGGAAAGGUAGCUCCGCCUGGGAAGGAGUACAGAUAAAUCAAAUGCUAGGAAGAGUGACUGCGCCUCCGCCGGACGCAACCCAGGAAGGAGGCCAGCGCAUCCCACAGUGGGGCUUUAGAGGCUGGCUGGGAAAGCUUCGCGCCCGGAACCUUCGUGUGCGCGCUUACCACCGCCCGGGCACGAUUGAGCGUUGCGCGGCGCCGGGGGCGGGGCCGGUUGCCAGGACGACGUCUGCGAAGAUGGCCGCGGCGUCUUCAUCGGAUUCCGACAGCGGCAGAGCUGAGAGGAGGCCAAUUCGAAAUGGCUGGACGCCCACUAUGACCCAGUGGCCAACAUCCACACCUUUUCCGCCUGCCUAGUGCUGGCGGAUUUGCAUGGGGAUGGGGAACACAAGCUGGUGGUGGGGGACCUUGGCCCCAGUGGGCAGCAGCCCCGUCUGAAGGUACUCAAGGGACCAACAGUGCUGACUGAAAGCCCGCUGCCUGCCCUGCCAGCCGCUGCUGCAACCUUUCUAAUGGAGCAACACGAGCCCCAGGCUCCUGCUCUGGCACUUGCUUCAGGCCCUUGUGUCUACGUGUAUAAGAAUCUCAGACCCUACUUCAAGUUCAGCCUACCCCCAUUGCCUCCAAAUCCUCUGGAACAAGACCUUUGGCAUCAGGCCAAGGAGGACCGGAUCGACCCCUUAACCCUGAAGGAGAUGCUGGAGGGCAUCCGGGAGAAGGCAGAGGUGCCUUUGUCCGUACAGUCACUCAGGUUUCUGCAGCUGGAGCUGAGUGAAAUGGAGGCGUUUGUCAACCAGCACAAGUCCAAGACCAUCAAGCGGCAGACAGUCAUCACUACCAUGACCACCUUGAAGAAGAACCUAUCUGAUGAGGAUGCCGUGUCAUGCCUGGUGCUGGGCUGUGAGAACAAGGAGCUCCUGGUGCUUGACCCUGAGGCCUUCACCAUUUUGGCCAAGAUGAGCCUUCCCAGCGUCCCCGUCUUCCUGGAGGCUUCCGGCCAGUUUGAUGUCGAGUUCCGGCUUGCUGCUGCCUGCCGCAACGGGAAUAUCUAUAUAUUGAGAAGAGACUCCAAGCACCCCAAGUACUGCAUCGAGCUGAGCGCCCAGCCUGUGGGGCUUGUCCGGGUACACAAGGUCCUGGUGGUGGGCAGCACUGAAGACAGCCUACACGGCUUCACUCACAAGGGGAAGAAGCUAUGGACAGUGCAGAUGCCCGCAGCCAUCCUGACCAUGAACCUCCUGGAUCAGCGCUCCCGGGGCCUGCAGGCCGUCAUGGCUGGGCUGGCCAAUGGAGAGGUCCGCAUUUACCGUGACAAGGCCCUACUCAACAUCAUCCGUGCCCCGGACGCAGUGACCAGCCUUUGCUUUGGCCGCUAUGGGCGGGAAGAAAACACCCUCAUCAUGACUACUCGAGGCGGUGGCCUGAUCAUCAAGAUCCUGAAGCGUACAGCAGUGUUUGUGGAGGCAGGAGGUGAGGUGGGUCCCCCACCAGCCCAGGCCACGAAACUGAAUGUGCCCCGAAAGACCCGGCUUUAUGUGGAUCAGACGCUGCGAGAGCGGGAGGCUGGCACCGCCAUGCACCGGGCCUUCCAGACAGACCUCUACCUGCUGCGCCUGCGGACCGCCCGCGCCUACGUGCAGGCCCUCGAGUCCAGUCUGAGCCCCAUGUCCAUGACAGCCCGGGAGCCGCUCAAGCUGCACGCCGUGGUCCAGGGCCUGGGCCCCAUCUUUAAGCUCACGCUUCACCUGCAGAACCCCUCCACAGCUCGGCCCGCCCUGGGGCUGCUGAUCUGCUUCCUGUACAACGAGGCGCUCUAUGCCCUGCCCCAGGCCUUCUUCAAGGUACUGGGCCCUCAGUAGGACUAGAAGUGGAAA